CAAGACACACACUCUACACCAGCCAUGAGGUGCUCCAUGCAGCUGAGCCUCUGUCUACUUCUCUCUCUCUGUUUGCAAUGUCACUCCCAUGUGGUGGAAUGGACAUACCAAGAAGGAGAGCUGGAUGAAGCAAAUUGGGGGAAAAAGUAUCUGCUAUGUGACUCAAACCAUCAAUCUCCCGUCGACAUCCAAAAAAAGAAAGUUGCAUACAACAGCAAAAUGUCUGUAUUUGAACUUGAAGGGUAUGAAGGACCAAUGAGUGGACACUUCAAGAUCUCCAAUAAUGGUCAUUCAGUGCAGAUAGAACUCCCACCCACAAUGAAAAUUAUAAAAGGGCUCCCCCAUGUGUACACUGCGGUACAGAUGCACCUACAUUGGGGUGGCCUUGACCUGGAAACUAGUGGCUCAGAGCAUACUAUUGAUGGAUUGAGGUACAUGGCAGAGCUGCACAUUGUGCACUAUAACUCAGAGUUAUACAAUAGCUUUGAGGAAGCCAAUGAUAAGCCUAAAGGCCUAGCUGUGCUAGCAUUUCUUUAUGAGGAUGGCCACUUUGAAAACACAUACUAUAGUGAGCUCAUUUCCAAGCUUGCUACGAUUCGCUAUGCAGGCCAAAUGACAGAAGUAAAAACUCUUGAUCCUCUGGCAAUGCUUCCUGACAACUUGGACAACUUCUAUCGUUACCAGGGUUCUCUGACCACUCCACCCUGUACGGAGAAUGUGCUGUGGACCGUGUUUGACUCAAAAGUUAUGCUAUCUCAAAACCAGAUCAAGCUACUGGAAAACACUCUGCUGGAUUGGCACAAUAACACCUUACGUAAUGAUUAUCGCCAUGCUCAGCCUCUCAAUGACCGUGUUGUAGAAUCAUCUUUCCGGGUAAAAAUGCCAAAAGAAGUAUGUCAACAUGACAUCAGCACUAAACUGAGCUUGAUUGAGACUGAAAUUCUAGAUGUGAAGAAACGUGUGAUAACUGAUCCUCUGAAGGGUCGUUCAGGUCCUUCUGCUGUACCAUUCUAUCCAUCUUUCCACUUUUCCAAGAAGCACCCAGCUUCUUAUGUUGAAAUCCAGCUUUCAGAACCACUCCAGUUGACCAAUUUCACGCUUUGUGCAUGGUUAAGAACAAAACCUGAAGGCAUCCAAAAAUUAUUUACCUAUUCCACGAUAGAUUCUGAAAAUGAGCUUGUCCUGAGUGUAGGGUCUGAUGUUAGGCUGUGGGUGGGAGGGACACUGGUUGACUUCAAGAUACACCAUACAUCUGAAGACUGGGUGCAUUACUGUAUGCGAUGGGACUCAGCCACUGGAAGAACAGAGCUAUUUGUGAGUGGCCUGCAAGGCAAGGAGCUGACUGUCCAAAAAGGGUACACAGUGAAACCGGGAGGAUUAGCUCUUCUGGCAAAGGAACGAUCUGAUCUCAUAGGAAUAUAUAACACUGGUUUCUAUGGAAUAUUAAGUCAUCUCCAUCUUUGGAGUUCUCUACUAAGUGCUGAAGAGAUUAUGUCCUUAAGCAAGUGCCAAGCUGUUGGUCUUAAAGGAAAUAUCAUAUCCUGGGGGGAGACUACCAUGAUUGUAGCAGGAGGGGUUAUUCUCGAGCAAGAUAACAGCUGUAAGUAA